AUGGCAACCAAUUAUGAGAAAGAAGAGGAUGAUGAAGCUUUCCGAAAAGCUACCAAAAAAUAUGAAGAGAUUGUCUCAAGGCUUCCCCAUGGAAGACAUUGGAUGACUGAUCAACUAGAUCUACAUCAAUACAAAGGCUAUUGGCUAGCAUCCAGCACCCUAAAAGGAGUCAUCUUCAUCCACGAUUUGUUCACAACUCAAUCUACUGAUAUUUUCUUAGCCACCUCUCCGAAAACAGGUACGACGUGGUUCAGAGCUCUCAUUUUCACCACCAUGAACCGAUCACGCUAUGAGUUUUCUUCACACCCUUUACUUAACACUGGCCCUCAUGAUUGUUUUCCGUUAUUGGACUCAUACAUAAGUCAAAAUGAAUCCAUUUCUAAUCUCAAAACUAGUCCUUCGCCUCGCCUUUUCUCGACUCAUCUUCCUUAUGAUUUGUUCCCAAAAUCCAUCACAGACUCUUCUUGCCGUUUCGUUUACGUGUGCCGCAAUGCAAAAGAUGUUCUUGUUUCUAAGUGGUUCUUCAUGAACAAGUUGAGGUCCAAAGACUUACCGCGUCUUUCACUAGAAGAAGCAUUUGAGCUGUUUUGUGAAGGAAUUUCACAUGAUGGACCAUUCUGGGACCAUGUGUUAGGGUAUUGGAGAACAAGUUUAGAAUCCCCGGAGAAAAUCUUAUUCUUAAAAUAUGAGGAAAUGAAGAGGGAACCUGUGGUUCAUUUGAAGAGAUUGGCUGAAUUUUUGGGUCAACCUUUUUCAGCACAGGAAGAGAGUGAAGGUGUGGUGCGGGAAAUAAUUAAGCUGUGCAGUUUUAAGAACUUGAGCAACUUGGAAGUAAAUCAAAACAGUGCACAGAACUUCAGCAACCAACUCAUCGUUGAUAAUCGAUUCUUCUUCAGAAAGGGCGAGGUUGGUGAUUGGAAGAAUCAUCUCACGUCUGAGAUGAUAAAAUGUCUGGAUCAAAUCACAGAAGAGAAAUUGCAUGGUUCUGGAUUGACAUUUCAUGUGUAAGUGUGAAGAGACAUUUUUCUUUUUCUAUUUCUGGGUGGCUUCCAAAAUUGUAAUGCAAGCAAUGUUGUCACUGGAGUUCUGGGUGGCUUCCAAAAUUUUAAGGUAUUACAGAAAGGUUCAUUGAUUCUAAAUUACAUGAAAGCCCAAUCAUACAGAAUUUACCU